UAAGCAGUACAACAACUGGAGGGAAAUUAGAACCGUAUGGGUUUUCGAACUCGUGAAAAUUAGUCGUGUGUCAGACGUUGUCGUGUUCGGUGGGCGGGGAGUGUACUGCCGAGAUAUAUUCUGUGAUAACUAGCCACCUGCUCCACGCCCAGACACAAGAUGCGUUCCGAGGUGCUGGUGGAGAUGGCAGGCGGCGGCGGGCGCUCCCCUACGCCCACCGAGGACCUGGUGAACAGCGGCUGGCUUUACCACGUGCAUGACCUCUCCUUCAAGACACUCAGGGACAGAGAGCACGCCGUCAGGAGCUCGCUGCCGCACGAUCCGAGGACGUGGAGCAGAGAAGACGUGCACCGCUGGCUGCAUCACGUGUCCGAGGCCCACCAGCUGCCCAGGGUGUUCCCUGAGCGCUUCCUCAUGAACGGCAAGGCUCUCUGCCUCAUGACUCUGGACAUGUUCGUGCAGCGGGUUCCUCUCGGAGGCAAACUACUCUAUAAGGACUUUCAGCUUCGCCUCUGCAACGCCAUGUAUGCCUGAGUGACUUGCGCUUUGGUGAUGCGUCUCGGGUUUUCCAGUGAGGAUGGAAGCUCGCUAUCAGUGUGGGUAUAGUGGGUCAUGGUGUCUAUACGUGAACGUGAUUCGGGUAUUCAUGAUUGCGUAGCAGGAGCGGUGACAUGGGGCUGUGUCGCGCGGUGCUCCUCAUCCCUUUGGUGAUGUGAUUCGUUCGGUCAUUCACUCAGAGCUAUAUGUCGUUACUGGACAACUUACUGACUGCUGUGUGUCUCCAGUGACUCAUGUUUCUUCCUGUGAGUGUGUGGAGUACCGGUGUGCCAGCGUGGCUGAGUCUUCCACACGCUGUUAAGAACACAAAGGUUAGAAACUUGACCGCCCCAGUACCUGUAUCUAAUGUAGGAAUAGCUUCUCACUAUCCUGAAUUGCACGUCGACGCCAUAAUUUCCUCAGGUAGGAUGAUCUGAAAGGAAAACCCACCUCGCCUUCUUCUCAUGUCAUGCAGUCUUUCCCAUGGAUCUCCUCUCCGUGGAGACUUGGCGGCCUUGCGGCUGAGCGGGACACUCCAAGCCAACGGAGAAUCCGUGUACAAUACAUGUCGCUGACUGUGCCCUCUACGGCGGCGAGGAAAUGGGCUCUUUUGUGAUGCUUCUCAGAGGCUGUUGAAGCCUUCCCUCUCCCGUGCCGCCCCGCCCCGCCCCUCCAUCCUCCCGUGGGUAGCGUGAGGGAGGGAAGGGCGCUCGGCUGACCACCCUCACACCGCCCUUCGCCCUCCAACACCAGGCCGGCCAACAAACAGGAAACCGGUACACGGCACUUCCUGGUCCCGGCCGCGGCGCCGAGGGGAAGCGUCGCACUUCCGUCCAACAUCACCAAUAGCCUCCCUCCCCCUCGUUCACCACCACCACCACCACCACCGCCACCGCCGCCACCACCACUACCACCACCACCAUCACCUCUACCGCAGCCACUUCAACAAGAAGAACAAUAAGAAGAAAGUGAAGAAGGAGAAGAAUCACCAGCGACACUAACAUUUGCUUGUUCUGUUCUGUGUUGUUGACAAUUGUGACUCAUUUUAGACGUUCAUCUUUCUGACUCAAAUACUGCUACUGCUAGUAUAGUUGUUAUUGUUGUUGUUGUUGUUGUUGUUGUUGUUGUUGUUGUUAUAAGAAGUAACAGCAUUAGAAAUCAUUAUCAUGGUCAUCAUCAUCAAGUAGUAACUACAACAAUAACAUCAUCAACAACAACAACAACAGCAGCAGCAGCAGCAGCAGCAGCAGCAGCAGCAGCAACAGCAGUAGCAACAACAACAACAACAACAACAACAACAACAACAACAACAGCAGCAGAAAUAGCAACAGCAACAACAGCAACUAUACUACUACUACUACUACUACUAUUACUACUACUACUACUACUACUACUACUGCUACUACUACUACUACUACUACUACUACUACUACUACUGCUAAAUGCCAUUACAAUCCUUGCCUCGUCCACAAUCAUUACCGUCAUAAUUAAUGUUGUUGGCUCACUACAACUUUCCUUGGCAUGUGUUCGCCAUGGCCUGAGUGCUGCGAGGUCUGGGGGACGGCGGGGGCGUGGCGGGGGGUCGGGAGGGUACAAGGGGUACAAGGGGUAGCGGACAUCCUGGUAGUCGAUCGAGAAUCAAUGUUGUAAUGGACGACCCGCCCUCCACCACACAACUGUCACUUCCGUCCUGGUGCCACACACACACACACACACACACACACACACACACACACACACACACACACACACACACACACACACGAGGGUUAGCAUAAUAGGGUACGAUUUAAAAAUCCUAUCUAGACAUUUCUAUUAUAGAUUUCCCAGUUUAUUUUUUAUUUUUAUUUUUUUCAGUUUUGUUUUGUUUUCUUUCGUUUGUUUCUUUGGCAUCUCUUUUCACAAGCAAGAUUCCUUUCAUGUCACAUACCACCUCUUGAUUUACUCUCUCUCUCUCUCUCUCUCUCUCUCUCUCUCUCUCUCUCUCUCUCUCUCUCUCUCUCUCUCUCUCUCUCUCUCUCUCUCUCUC